AUGAAAGAAAGAGAAUUUAUAAAAAAUGUGUGGAUGGAUAAUUUGGAGGCAGAAAUUGAUACAAUAAGACAUCUCGCAAAGACAUACAGUUUUAUUGCAAUGGAUACAGAAUUCCCAGGUGUAGUAGCCAAACCAAUAGGUAAUUUGAAUAAAGAUACUACUUAUGCGUACCAGCAGCUCAGAUGUAAUGUUGAUAUUUUAAAUCUUAUUCAACUGGGAAUAUCACUUUCAGACGCAAAUGGUAACAAACCUAAUGGAGUACACACUUGGCAAUUUAAUUUGAAAUUUAGUUUACAAAGUGAAAUGUAUUCAAAAGAAUCUAUUGAAUUAUUACAUGAAGCUAAGAUUGAUUUCGAAAAACAUUCUACGAUGGGAAUCGAUCCUGCCGAAUUAGGUUACUGGCUACUUACAUCAGGUUUAGUAUUGACAGAUGAUAUCUAUUGGAUUAGCUUUCACUCAUCUUAUGACUUUGCUUAUUUGAUGAAACUUCUUACAGGAAAUACCAUGCCAGAUAAAGAAGCAGACUUUUACAAACUAUUGAAGAUAUUCUUUCCAUGUUUUUAUGAUUAUAAAUAUUUGAUUAAAAAUUCUGAUUAUAUGAAGAAAGGAUUACAGGAAAUUGGAACAUAUCUUGGUGUCAAUCGUGAAGGAAUAGCACAUCAAGCUGGAUCUGAUGCCUUAUUAACAUCAGCAAUUUUUUUCAAAUCAAUAAACAGCUUCCUGUCAAAAGAAGCUAUUUCAAUUAACAUGAACAAACUCUUUGGAAUAGAUGCUUCCCCAGAAUCCAAGAAUAAUGAAUAA